CCGCCCACUUGUUGAAUAACGUCUUCAUCUUACGCGCUGGGAGCUUCUGGGACGUCAUGCGCUCCAUUACUUGCCUGUGGAAGACACAUUAUGUGUUAAAUAAUGAUACAAUGUUGCAAGAUCCUGACAAUUGUCGGAGACUCGGAGUUGGUGAACAGUCCAUCAAAUUUCGGUCUUCGCCCAAUUUUAAAAAUAUGAAAAAGUACUUGAAAUAUAAAAGUCAGUCUCCGCCAAACGGUAACUGUGAGACUACACCAAGUACAUCAGACAGCCCACCCAGGAAUAACCAGCCGAUGGAAAAGGAAGAGCAGCCUUCACCUGUGAAAGCGGUCAUCCAUCCUCCUUUACCUUUAGAACCGCCACCCCCAGAAAAAGAGCCUGUUAUGCCAGUGCCUAUUAAAAAUGAAAUAAUUGAUGAAUACCCUGACCAGGAAAGCGGACAAGAAUCUCCAAGUCUAUCAACAACUGAACUAUCAGCAGCAGGAGCAGAAGAUACUUCACUAAGAUUAAAUGAAGAGCAAGACAGCCAGGUUACAGAAAGGCCAAAAGUGACUGUGUGUAGGGAUUUCAUUAGGGGUACAUGUGUUAGAGUAGGAUGCAAAUAUGCACAUCAAAGGGACCUGUCACAGUUAACUGGGGUGUAUACCUUUUGCCGCAAUUAUCAAAAUACAGUAUGCACUUUACCAUUAUGCAAGUAUGUCCAUGCUACAGUAUUUGAAGAGCAAGAGUUCUAUAGGACAGGGGUUCUACCAGCACACGCCCAGUACCAUCUAAAAAAAGCUUUCUAUAUGCUGCCACCACCACCUCCGCCUCCGCCACCAGAAGUAAACUCGAGUCCUCCAUGCACUCCAGAGGUGCUUAACGCAGUUUCCCUUCGCCGAAACCCUUCAGAAAAACCUUUAAUAAGCUGUGUGCCUGUCUCUAAAUUGGAGUGUAAACCAGCCGAGAAUGAUUUCAGGCAUAUGAUUCAAGCCAUUACUUCCCCACUGAAGAGAGAUUGGAACUCAAUAGACCCAUUCAGCUCCCCGCCGCGCGACCUCGACCACAAACUACUCUUCACAAAAAAAUGCAAAGUUUGCGACAGUACGGACAUCAGACUUCAAUAUAAUAAGGAAAAACUUGAGGCUAUAGAGAAGACUACUAAAGAACUGAAACUUAAAACCAAGCUUCUCGAUCAGAAGAGUCAAAAUCUUUUCACCAUCCUCUUUACAGUCAUAAAAGAGCAGGCGGAGUCAGUUAACGGGUACAACAAAUUAAAAGCAAGGCUGAACAUGUGCGGGGAAAAAGAAAGGGAAGUACUACAGAACAUCAUUGACAACCACAGCACUCAAGUCAGAAGCAACAUCAUGUAAGCUAAAGCCAUAUUUAGUAUUAAUAUGUAAUUAUUAGGAUGACCACCAAUGUGUCUUCCACCAUUACAAUACAAAGCGCGGAUGACUUACAAUAUAUUACCGGUAAUUUUUAGGCAGAAAUUGCGCGAGAUAUUCACCUAAAGUUUAGCGGCGGCGUCUAUGUUGAACGGUAUAGAGACGGACUUAAUUUCAAAUUUUAGUGCCUAACGUACAGAUGUAUUGCGAAAAACGUAUUUUCACGGAACUCACGAACUUGUGUUAUUUCAGUCAGUCUCAGAAGACAGAAGUACUAACGUACGUUGACCGAACUAGCAUAACACGUUCGUGAGUUUCCGUGAAAACAAGAAAAGAAUUCAUUUCGCACUACAUCUAUAAGUGCUUACAAAAAUAUAGUCAUAAUAAAUAGCCAUUAACCACAUAUUUAUGUAUUACAUAAUUGUGUCGCUUAACUUCA